CCCUGCGGCGCGGCGCUCAGCACGGGCGCGGAGCCUCCCUGGCGCAGCGCCGGGCCCCGCCAUGGUGGGCCGGGAGAAGGAGCUCAGGAUCCGCUUCGCGCCGGGACGCUGCGAGCUCGUGGAGGAAGAUGUUGACAUUCCCAGUAGGCGAGUUUUGAUCACUGGUGCUACGGGACUUCUUGGCAGAGCUGUGUUUAAAGAAUUCAACGAAAAUAAUUGGAACGCAGUUGGUUGUGGAUACAGGAGAGCUCAGCCCAGAUUUGAACAGAUCAAUCUUCUGGACUCCAUUGCAGUUCAUGACAUUAUCCAUGAUUUUCAGCCUCAUGUUAUAGUGCACUGUGCUGCUGAGAGAAGGCCAGAUGUUGUAGAAAGUCAACCAGAUGCUGCUUCUCAGCUCAAUGUGGCUGCUUCAGCAAACUUAGCAAAAGAGGCAGCUGGAGUUGGAGCAUUUCUGAUCUACAUUAGUACAGACUAUGUAUUUGAUGGAACAAGCCCUCCAUAUAAAGAAACUGAUGUACCAAAUCCCCUGAAUUUAUAUGGUAAAACCAAAUUGGAGGGUGAAAAGGCAGUUCUGGAAAACAAUGAAGAAACUGCAGUACUUAGGAUUCCUGUCUUGUAUGGAGAGGUGGAAAGACUGGAGGAAAGUGCUGUGACGGUUAUGUUUGAUAAAGUGCAGUUCAGUAAUAAAUCUGCCAACAUGGACCACUGGCAGCAGAGAUUUCCUACCAAUGUCAAGGAUGUAGCAGCUGUUUGCAGGCAACUAGCAGAGAAGAGAAUGCUGGACUCAUCAAUAAAAGGAACCUUUCACUGGUCUGGCAAUGAACAGAUGACUAAGUAUGAGAUGGCGUGUGCAAUUGCAGAUGCUUUCAACCUUCCCAGCAGCCACUUGAGACCAAUUACUGAUAGUCCAGUUGUGGGUGCUCUUCGUCCGAAGAAUGCUCAACUGGACUGCUCCAAGUUAGAGAUGCUGGGGAUAGGUCAGAGAACUCCAUUUCGAGCUGGGAUCAGAGAAUCACUUUGGCCUUUCCUUGUUGACAAAAGAUGGAGACAGACGGUCUUCCAUUAGUUUGUAACUUUUUUAGUAAAAGUAUGGUAUGUGGCACUUUUUUAAAAGAAAAAAUAGUUUUGUAUGAGUGUUCUUAAAUUGUGAAAUUUAUGAGCUUUCAUUUAAUUGGGUAAACAAAUGGUCUUGCACUAGUGAAACUUAGCCUAAAAAAAGUUCAGUGACAAAAACUGAGCCUAUUUGAUGUCAUGGAUUUUUCCUUCCAUUUGUACCAGUCUAACUUAAUAUCUGUUCUUGGUGGAUCGAGGUUCUUAGUAAUGAGUACUGUGUAAUGCUAAGAAUGACUCAGAUCACUCGCUGACUUACUUUUGGCUGAAAUAUGUUAUUGAUGCUUAAGGUCUCUGCCAUUGUUGUAUAUACCAUUUCUUUUCAUUAAAAGACAUGGUCAGUUACUUUCUCACCAAAAAUCUGAGUUUUUUGUUUUUAAUUUCUGAAGGUGACGUUCUUAGGGAGUUAAGCUGAAGUAGAAAUCCUUAAGUGUUUGUUUUGCUUGAGCGCGGAUCAAAAUGUUUUUUAAAAAAGUGAAACUUUAUUUUUGCAAUUAUCAAGUGUACUUUUUAUGCUUGAAAUAUUUUCAGAAUGUUCUGUAAAUUGAAUGCCUGCAGCUUUGUAUUUGUACAGUAAGUUGUAUGCAUUUGUUGUUACAAAAGCUGGGGGAGGGUGGGGACAGGGGGCAACCAAUAGUUUUGACCUGGGUAUUUCUUGGGUGGGGGAUUGGAGUUGAAGGAUGGUGUUGUUUUUUUUUUUUAAUUUUUACUGUGUGGUUGUUUGUUUUUUGUAUGAAAGCACAAAAUAACAUCAUCCUUCCCUUCCCUUCUUGGGGACAGCAUUUGCAACUUGUUAAAUUAAUGGAAGAUGUUUGUUAGUCAGUACGUGGGAGAUGGAGAGGAAAGGUAUUCAAUAAUUUGUAGCACUGCUGUGGCUUUAGCACAAAUUGCCAGGCCUGGCACUGCUGCAGCUUGUUCUGGAACAGCAAAGUGUGUGUGGUGAGGGUUUGCAGCAUUAUAAAGAUGCAGGAGUCUAAUAUAAGACAGUCUUUAAAGGUGGACUCAAUAGCCAGGUAAUUGGAGGAAGAACAUUGUAAAGCUUUGCUUCCUUUUGAAGUUGUAGAAUCAACAAUAUACAUGUUCUGAUAUUUCUAGCAGAAUAUUAGUAAAGCUAGUAAAAGGUGCAGUUGGGUGUUCAUUUAUUUUUCUGAGACUGAAAUGAAGGGGAAGAGAAAGAUGUUCAGAUUUAAUUUUUUUCUAGUAUGUGGGGGAGACAUACAAAAAUAGACCAGUUGAAGGUCUUUUAAGGGUCAGCUUCACGUUCAGUCAUUUCAUUUCAACUGGCAUAUGCUAAGCAUUCAUAAUCCCAAUUUGUUUUUAGGCUGAAGUCCUGAUACACACAUGGUAACCUAUCUCCAAAAUGACAAUAAAUAUGUAUUGCCAGCAUGAGAAA